AUGUUACAGUCGAACACUCCCUACGAUGACGGCAUUAAGAAAGUGUCCUUUUUGUUUGGGCAAGACCUGUGCCACGGAACUAUUGAGUAUAUUUUAUUGACAGCGGUUGACACUGACGAAGUCGAAAGUAUUUUUUUUAUUUGUAGCAACUAUGGAAUUUUUUACGUCCCUCUUUUUUUUCUUUUUUUUUUCUUCGAUUUUUUCUUCCCCUUGCUCCUUCAUUUCUUCUGUUUUUCCAUUUAUUUUUAUUUUUCUUCUUGUGUUUUCCUCUUUUCUAUUUUAUGUUCUUUUUGUUUCUUUUUGAAUUAUUUGUGUUUUUUUUUCUUUUUUGUGUUUCUUUUUCCUUCUUGUUUCAUCUUGUGUCUUGGUCUUCAUUAUUUCUUUUUGUCUUUUUCAUCUCGUUUCUUUUUCUUUUUUCAUUUGUUUUUUUUUCUGUUGCUUUAUUUAUUCUUUUGUUUUUUUUGUUUUCUUUUCUGUUCUUUUUUUCUUGUAUUUCCUUCCUUUCUUUUACUUCAUUCUUUUAUUUUCUUUUCUUUCCCUCUUUCUCAUUCAUUCUUUUUUUUAAUUUUAUUUUCUUUCUUUUUUUCUUCGUUUUAUUUUUUUUCAUCUUUUUUUAUUUUUUCUGCUUUACAUCUUUCUUUUUUUUUUUCACCUUCUUCUUUCUCUAUUUCUUCAGUUCUUUUUGUUUUCUUAUUUUCUUCUUUCUCCCUUUCUUCUUCUUUACGUGGGAAAAUGUUUCUUUCCUGUGGGGAUUUUUCUUAUAAAUAUAAAUCAAUGAACUUGUCUGCUCAUAUCUAUCUAUCUAUCUAUCUAUCUAUCUAUCUAUCUAUCUAUCUAUCUAUCUAUCUAUCUAUCAGUUCAUCUUGA